CCUAGAAAAAGAAAAAUCAAAUUUUCUCGAUUUCAGUCGAACCCGAUGGCGAAGACGCGAGGAGGAAAUUGGAAUCCUCGUCGGUCGCGGAGGCUGCUGGCCAUUGGAGCGGAAGAAGGCAGAGCAAGCGAUGGAGAACCAAUUGAGAUCCCAGAUGAUGAGAUCCCUGAAGUAUCGGAGACAAUUCCAGACCCACCGGAGAGUGAGCAUGUGUCGAUACACAGUGUCGAGGCAGUGUCGGAGAAGAGCACAGCACAAGCAGAGAUUGAGAAGGUUCCCCAACCUCAACAUAAACAAAAACAGAAGCGUGGAGAAAAUUGGAGCCCUCGUCGGUCGCGGAGGCUGAUGGCUAUGGUAGAGGAAGAAGACAGAGCAAAUGAUGGAGAACCUAGAACGAUUGAGAUCCCAGAAGAGCCGGUUACAAUUGGAGACCCGUCAGAGAAGAGUCAAGAAGAAGCAGACACUGAGACGGUGUCGAUACCACCGGUGUCGACCCCAGCAGAAGCAGUCAAUGAGACGGUUCCUCAAGAGAAACAGAAAGGGAAGAAAAGAAAAAAGAAGACUCGUGAUCCAGAAGAUAUAGAAGAAGAUCGCGAUGGUGUGAGUGGGGAUGAUUGUGAGGUUAUCGGCGAUGAAGACUGUGAGGAGGUAGGAUAUGCAAAUGAUGUUGAUGGUAAUGAGUUAGAUAAUGUCGAUGGAGGUAUAGCUGCAGACAAUGGCAAUGGAGGUUUAGAUGUAGACAAUGGCCUAGAAGGUGCAGAGGAAGACAAUGGCGAUGAAGGUAUAGAGGAAGAACAUUGUGACGACUUCGAAGCAGAGUUUGGAGUGGGUGCGAGAGAAGCUGACCAUCAUAGCGAUAUUGAUGCAGAUAGUGGAGACGAAAUCUGGGACGAUGAUAGGAUUCCAGCUCCUCUGUCACACAGUGAUGAUGAAGAAUGGCAUGAAGACGAAGCUGCUGCAGAUGAUGCUGAAGAUCCUGAGGUGCUGCUAAGAUUGAACAAAACUUUCAAUGGUCCAGAAGAAUUCAAGAUAGCAGUUCUAAGGUACUCUCUUAAAACCAGAUACGACAUCAAGCUUUAUAGGUCACAAAGUUUGAGAAUUGGUGCAAAGUGUUCUUCUACUGAUGUGAAAUGUCCAUGGAGAUGCUACUGCUCAUAUGAUAAGAAGAAACAUAAAAUGGUUGUGAAUAUAUACGAUGAUGAGCAUGCUUGUGUGAGGUCAGGUUACUCCAAGAUGUUGAAGCAAGGGGCAAUUGCUUGGUUGUAUAGAGAAAGGUUGAGGAAGAAUCCCAAAAUUACAAAGCAAGAGAUGGUUGCUGAGAUCCUGAGAGAGUAUAACCUCACAGUUACUGAAGACCAAUGUUCCAAGGCAAAGACCAAGGUCCUGAGAGAAAUGAAAGUGACGCAUGAAGAGCAUUUUGAAAGGAUUUGGGACUAUCAGGCAGAGAUCUUCCGAUCUAAUCCAGAGACAAAAUUUGAGAUUGAGACAACUCCUGGUACAACCAUAGGCAGCCUACAAAGGUUUUUUCGAUGCUUUAUUUGUUUUAAAGCACAAAGAGACUCUUGGAAGAACACUUGUAGGCCUAUCAUAGGAAUAGAUGGUGCAUUCCUUAAAUGGGAUGUAAAGGGACAUCUCUUAGCAGCUACAAGGAGAGAUGGAGAUAAUAGAAUUGUUCCCAUUGCAUGGGCUGUUGUUGAGAUUGAGAAUGAUGAUAACUGGGACUGGUUUCUCAAGAUGCUCUCUACAAGUUUGGAACUUCAAGAUGGAAGGAAUGUAGCCAUCAUAUCAGACAAACAAUCGGGACUAGUUAAAGCUAUUCAGACUGUCAUUCCACAAGCUGAGCAUAGGCAAUGUGCUAGGCACAUCAUGGACAACUGGAAAAGGAGCAGUCAUGACAUGGAUUUACAGCGACUCUUCUGGAAGAUUGCUAGGAGUUACACAGAAGGAGAAUUCACUAGUCAUAUGAUAGAGCUGCAGAGGUACAAUCCAAGUGCCUAUGAGUCUUUGUUGAAAACUAAUCCCAGGACAUGGUCUAGAGCUUUCUUCAGGAUUGGAAGCUGCUGCAAUGACAACCUCAAUAAUCUGAGUGAGUCAUUCAACAAAACAAUCAGACAAGCAAGGAGGAAGCCUCUUCUAGAUAUGUUGGAAGAUAUAAGGAGGCAAUGUAUGGUGCGGAAUGAGAAGAGGUAUGUAAUAGCUGGAAGAUUAAAGACAAGAUUCACAAAGAGAGCACAUGCUGAGAUUGAGAAGAUGAUUGUUGGGUCACAGUCUUGUGAGAGAUGGCUGGCCAGACACAAUAAACAUCAGAUUAAAUGUGGUGAUAUGGAGGUCAUAGUGGACAUGAAUACAAACACUUGUGGUUGUAGGAAGUGGCAGAUGACUGGAAUACCAUGUAUUCAUGCUGCAUCAGUCAUCAUAGGGAAAAAACAGAAGGUAGAAGAUUAUGUUGCCGACUGGUACACAGCUAGAAUGUGGGAGCUGACAUACUAUGAUGGCAUUGGACCUGUACAGGGAAAGCUUUUAUGGCCAAGAGUAAACAGAUUGGGAGUGCUGCCACCUCCAUGGAGAAGAGGUAAUCCAGGGAGACCAAACAAUCAUGCUAGGAGGAAGUCAUUGUUUGAAACAGCCUCUAGCUCCAGUACUCAGUUAUCAAGAGAGCACCGAGUCAUGACCUGUUCCAAUUGCCAGCAAGAAGGGCAUAAUAAACAAGGUUGUAAGAAUCAGACAGUUACACCUCCUCAAAGAAGACCUAGGGGUCGACCAAGAAAAAAUCAGGUUCAUAUCAUCUUUUAAUUUUUGUUAUAUUAUGACAUAUCUGUGAAUAUUGAGAUGAUGAUUGAAAACAGGAGCCGAGGAAUAUAUUGUUUGGUCAAGG